AUGGGGCCCGGCAACGAUACAACCGGCAGAACGCGAUACGGGCGGCAUACGGGCAGCGUGACGCCCGCGAGAGAGCAGCGAAAGAAGCGGCCGGCCAGUGGUGAAUCUCCAUCAUUGCUGCUGCUGCUGCUGCUCUGGUUCUUCUCCCUCCGCCGCCGCCUCCUCCUCUUUUCCUCGCACCUCCAAGCUGCCAUCGCUCCCCUAGCGCUUCAGUCUUGGUGGUCUUCAUCUCCAGCCUCUUUCCCCACACUACUCGCUCGCUUUCUGCUGGUUACAACGUUCCCCCCUCCAACCGUCUAUGCUCCUCUCUUCCAUGCCGCCCAUUCUCCCGCUACGCUGCACUGUCGUCCUGCCCGCUUCGUGAGCGUUGACGUCCACCCCCUCGACCUUGACACCCUCUCGACGACGGUUGGCUUGCACGGACCCUCGCGAGGCCCCUAUACACUCGAUCUCGGUCAAUACUUCUGGGCUCAUCUGGUUUGA